GAAAACAGUCUAUAUUUAGUCAGACGGUCUCGCUCAAUGUUACACUUACAGUAAUAAUCUGUUAGUGUGGCAAUUAAUAGCAAGGUAUUAACCAAGCAUUAUGGUUAAGUAUUAACUGUUUGCUUGAUAUAUGAGUCGCUGCAGAAAAGACGUCGCUGAAAUAAUUCCAGUCUGUGUUUUUAAACUACCUCGCAUAUGCUUCUCCCCAUACCUUCACAGUUCUUCUCAAUUAAUAAAUUUAGUGCUAGACACCUAUUUAAGAAAAUAAUGAAGCUACUCUAGAUCGACAAUGCCAACGAUUUAUCUAAAGUAUCAUGGGUGAGCGGAAGGUACGUCGCAUUUCUACGACAGUCGUUCGACUCGAGGGUACUCGCUGUGAAAUGACUCCACUGGAACAAUGUUUUGACGAUCUGGCUAGCGAGGCAAGAGAACUGUACCUGGACACUGCUGUACCAGUUCUUAGUCACACCCCAUCUCCAGUGGAGUUCUACAGACAAUAUGUAUCUUCAAAUAAGCCAGUUGUUCUGUCAGACUUCAGCACACAGUGGCCUGCACUCAGGAAGUGGAGUCAUGACUAUCUUAGACAGGAAAUUGGAGAUUUGGGAGUAACUGUGGCUGUAACACCGAAUGGAUAUGCAGAUGCAGUGAAUGAAGGUUAUUUUGUGAUGCCAGAAGAACGACACCUUACUGUCACAAAAUUUUUGGACAUUCUAGAGGCACCGGACUCAGCAAAGGGUAUUUUCUACAUCCAAAAGCAAAACUCAAACUUGACAGAUGAAUUUCAGGCAAUCAUGUCAGAUAUUGACACACAACCUGCAUGGGGAACAGAGGUGUUUGGAAAAACUCCAGAUGCUGUGAACCUAUGGAUAGGAGAUGGUAGAGCUGUGACAUCUAUGCAUCGUGAUCACUAUGAGAAUCUUUACUGUGUGAUAUCUGGCUCGAAAACCUUCACAUUAAUUCCUCCUACGGAUCUCCCCUUUGUGCCUUAUGAAAACUAUCCAGCCGCUCGCUAUAGGCAGAUUGGGGACGAAUUUAUAAUUGAAGAGGAUAAGGAGACUGGCAUUGUUCCUUGGAUUCCUAUUGAUCCUCUGAAACCAGAUCUUAAAAAUUACCCAGAGUAUUCACGUUGUCAGACAGUUGAAGUGACAGUGCAUGCAGGUCAGGUACUAUAUUUGCCAUCCAUGUGGUUUCAUCAUGUUCAACAGUCCCAUGGUUGUAUAGCAGUGAACUUGUGGUACGAUAUGGAGUUUGACAUCAAGUACACAUACUACAAGUUCUUAGAGAAAUUAGUGCAGCUGGCUAGGAGAAGCUAGCAUAAGAGGACACAAGAAGAUUUAGCAAAGGCACAUUAUAUUGUGCACAUCAUGUCAUGAAGGUAAAUGAUGUAUCAGAUCAUUCAAGAGAAAAAAAACCAAAAGGUUUUAUGUGUGAAAUAAAACAUUUUCAGUACUAUUAAAAAUUAAAUAUCUUGAUGUUGUGGAUGGACAUGAGCUUUAAUUAUGUUAUGUUUAGAAAGUAAAUUUGUUGGUAGCUUGCAAGCUAUCUGUCCUAACAACACAUAAAUAAAUUUUUAUUUAUUUAAAAUUGGUUAGUGGGUAUUAAUGGAACUUGAAGGCAACAAAAGUGGAAUAAAAUCUAGUAACAGAGAAAAUGUACUUAAUGGAGACAGUGGAAUUUUUAUGCUUGGCAGACAGCCUUGCAGGCAUAUCUAUGAAAGAUUUGUCAUUUCUCACGAUGACUACUGUUCCUGCAGCCAAUAUUUGUUACCAUUUACACUGAAUGUCAUAUAUUCUAAUCAUUUUUUAAUGCAUGGAGUAAUUGUUUCUUACUAGUUUUACUUGAAUGCAUUGGAAUUUUUCUACCAAUGUCUAUAUUUAAUACUGCUAGUUUAUUAAAGUUUAUUUAUUCUAUAAUUAAAUAACCCCUCAGACUAUCCUUGAGGUGGUUGUAUUUUAUUUUUUAACAAUUCAUUCAUAGUAAAAGAUCUAAUAGAAUGUUUUGCUUAUAGAAUUUCUGAGCUUUGUAACCAGCACAGCAAAUCACUUUGUCUAGUACUGUUCAUCCUUCUGGUUUCUUAUAUAACAGUUCUGAACUUUGUUAAAUGACUUUUGAUCAGUUCUGAUCAUCAAGAAUUUUGAAAUAGGUGGGAAAGGGAUCAGAACUGUUGUCAACUUAUGAAGAAUUUUUCACUCAAAACACUGUCAGUGGUGUAGAAGGACUGCUAUUAAAAGUAAACUGUGUGAUAGCAAAAGGUAGUAACUAAAAUGAAAAACACUUUGUGCAUAAAAUUAGUCUUUUAUCGUUUGUAUUGUGUGAAAACACCACAAGAUAACAGACUGGCAGUCAAUAUUUCAUAUGAAAAGUUGUUUAACAUCAAAGUUUUUAAUAAGAAAAAGAUACACAUAAAACAAUGACAGCAAGAAGCUAACAAACAUGCCUAUUUUUUUUUUAAUCCAAUCCUAUAGCUACUAUUUGACACAAAAUUCUACAUCAUCUCCUUUUGAAGCAUUUUACUAAUUUAAACUCUUGCUGAUAUACAUUAUACACAUAGCUAACUGCUGAAAUCAUGUUAAAGUACAAAAAAUAGCUGUCACAAAUAACGAUUUGGGUGAAAUAUAUGGCAUAAUAAAGUCUUGAAUACAUCCAUAAUUUUGCGCUUGGAAAAUUGUGAUGAGAUGGUUUACUUUGGAACAUAUAAAAACUGAUUUUCAUCUA